AUGACUAAAAGAUAUACAACCAAGCAUAUUUACUAGCUAGCUGUCAGCUUUUUACCCUUAGCCAUCUCUCUAAUAGCAAAAAUUUAGUAUAAAAAAUACAUAGAAGAUACUUUAUCACUAGCAAAAUAUCCUUUUAGAAGCUUCGAAGAUAUCCUAACCAUAUCUGUUUUAUUAGCGGGAACAAAAUUCAUUGAGCAUUCCCUGCUAUCUUUUAGUGAAUACAUAUAGCGGUCUAAAGGAAAUUAACUAGUGAUAGAGUAUUAACAGAAGAUCAUACAAAAGAGUAUGAAAACAAACUUAGAUUUUAAUAAGCAAUAUUCUUUGAGUAGUAUAAGCUCCUUAAUAAACAACGAGUCCACAAAAUUAGUAGAGUACUUCUAUUAGUUGUGUAAUAUUUGCCUGAUCCCUCUCUAGCUAGCCUUUUCAAUGGAAAUGAUUAAAGAAAAAACUGGUGAUUUUUGGAUGAUAGUUUUAGCAUUAAUUAUUGUUCUCUCUUAUCUAACAUUCUACUUUAGCAAAAAGUAGUUAGCAGUAAGUGCAAUAUUAAAAAAGAUAUCAGAGGAACGUUAUAGGAUAAUUCAAAAUGUGAAUUACUCAAUCAAGUACAUUAAAGGGUCAAAUUCAGAAGAAUUUUAUUUAAAUAAGAUAAAUAAGAUAAGGGAAAAAGAAAUCGAAUAGAUAGAAUUGUAAAACUAUUAUGGUUAGUGGAAUGCUAUCCUCAAGAAAUUUGCUUAGCCAAUUAUAAUUGCAACUAUUCUAUUCUACUAUGUCAUUUAUGAUGACUAGGUUAUCGAUAUGAACUCAAUUUACUAAAUAGAGCAAUCAUUCUGGAUAGUGAGAUAAUGCCUGAAUUAGCUUCCUAUUUUACUUUGUCAAUACUUAGACUCUCUGCAAAAUAUUAAGAGAAUUGAAGAUUUUUUAGAUAUUGAAGAAAUUUUACCAUUAGACAAGAGAGCUUUACCUGAUUUUUAACAAAAUCAAAAUAUUGAAGACAAUAGCAGACUAUUAGUCAAUAACUAAAAUAAUAAUCUCCUGCCCAAGAGGGUAAGCUUAAAUUUGUUGGAUAUUGCUAAAAAUAACAUUAUUGUACUCAAAGGCCCUACAGCUUGUGGAAAAAGUUUGUUCCUAAAAUCGUUGUUAGGUGAGUAUAACAAGUCACAAGUAAUUUCAGACAGAAACAUUGCUUAUGUUGGAUAGGAUAACUGGAUGAUGAAUAAAUCAAUCAAAGAAAAUAUUAUUUUAGAUAAUGAAUACAAUGAGGAAUACUUCGACCUUGUAGUUUCUUGUUUUGAUCUUGACAAAGACAUAAAGGACUUUAAUUAAAUCAUCAGCUAGCGCAGUGAUAAUCUCAGUGGAGGCUAAAAGCAAAGAAUCAAUAUUGCUCGUGCAUUCUAUCAAAAUAGCAAGUCUUUGAUUUUAUUGGAUGACAGCUUCAGUGCUUUAGAUAAGAAAGUUAUGAAAAACUGCAUCUACAAUAUUGUUAAGUAUUUUAAAUAAGAUCGUAUCAUAAUAAUUUCAAUAAAUGAAAAUCAAUUCAUUGAGAGACAUGCUGAUAUUCUUGUUAAACUAAAGUAAGACGGUACAUUGGAUGCCAUAGAAUACAACCAAUCCCCAAAACAUGAGGCUAAUAAUAACAGCAUUUUAUCAUCAAAUAAUAGUCUUUAAUCUUCUUUUGAUCUUGCUAGCACUUUAGAUGAUUCAUUCGAAGCUGUCAACAAAAGCAAGCUAACUCAAGUAAAGCUUUAAAAAAGAAACAUAAAAUUCGAUGAAAGCGAGGGAGAUUUAGAGAAAGUGAUACAAAUAAGAAGAAGAAACUCAAUACAGUAAUGCAAAUUCAAGCAAACAUUUGACCUAUUCUAGUAAUACACGAAGGAGGAUAUCUAAGGUAGAAAGUAUUUAGUACUUGCCACUUUGAGUGUUUUUAUCUACAGCAUACUUGAUUUGGCCUAAACUCAAGUAUUAAAAUACUGGGAUAGCAAGUUGUUUUCCUAAAACACAUACAUCUUUACUCUUAUUUUCAUUCUUCUGCUAGAUAAUGCUGGUUAAUGUCUUAGAAAAUACUUCAUUGAUGUACUAUGCCUUGUAUCUUCAAAGAAAAUCCACCAAGAAAUCACUGAUAUAACUCUUAAAUCUCACUAUCAACUCUACAUCAAUCAAACUGUUACACCAUCCAAAAUCUAAGAUAUUCUUUCUAUAUAAAUUUCCAACCUAGACCAUAAGCUCAACCUACAAAUACCAGCAUUCUACUUCUACUUCUUUGGUAUCAUAAUUAAUGUCCUCUUAAGCUUGAUGGGAACAAAAGAACCUUCUAUUUUGAUAGCUAUGUGCACCUAUCUUUAUUUUGGAUACAAAAUAGCCUAAAAGAAUGUAGAGGAUUUAAAGCAAAUCUAAAAGAAAUUGAAAGAAUUAAGCGGACCUCUAAUAAACUAUAGCAAUCAAUGCUUACAAGGUCUUUGCUAUAUUAGAGCCUAUGGAAUCUAAUAGUUUAUCUUAAAUGAAUAUGUUCAUCUAUAGGAAAAUUAAUAAUUGUGGAGAGACAUAUAAAUUAAAAAGAAAUUCUAUCAUGAUCUUUUUAUAAGCUCAUUUGGAUUUAUGUUCAAUCUCUUUUCUUUCUUCUUUACUUUAUAGAGUGAUGACCCUUUAUCAAUAGGUCCAAAAAUUACAUUUGCAAUUAACAUAGACUUUUACAUUAUCAGUUUGGUUAAAUCAAUUAAUGAAAUUUAAGACUCUAUGCAAUCAUAUCAGAAAUGCAAUGAUUUCCUAAAAGAGAUUAAGUCUUUUAACGAUUUGACAAAUUUAUAAUAAGAAGAAUAAAAAAAUAAAAUUUAAACUCCAUCAGACAAUAAAAUAGAGAUUAAAGGAGGACUUAAAUUUGUCAAUUUCACUGCAGAAUAUGUCUAACAGUAAAAAGCCCUAAAAAAUUUGAACAUCAGCAUAUCUCCAGGAGAAAAGGUGUGUAUUGUUGGUAGAACUGGUUCAGGAAAAUCAACAAUCUUGCUAUCUAUCUUAGAUCUUUUAUACCACACUUCAGGAAAAGUGCUAUUUGAUGACAUGGAACUUGGCGGCGGAUAAAUAAGAGAUAACAUAUCUAUCAUAAUGCAAGAUAGUAUCGUAUUUGAAGGCACUGUAAAAUAAAAUAUAGACCCUCUUGACAAAUAUACAAACGAAGAAUUGCUUGACCUCAUCAAGAAACUGGAAUUAGAUGAUAUUCUUACAAUGAAUCAUCUUAGUUUAGACACUCAUCUAGAAGAAUCAGGAAAGAAUCUAUCAUAGGGAGAAAAAUAAGUAAUUUCUCUAGUUAGAGCAUUAAUCUAAUAGAGAAAAAUUAUACUGUUUGAUGAAGCAAACUCAAGUAUUGAUGAAAAAAAUGAAAAUAUCUUAUAGAACUUUUUGUUCAAAACUAAAUCUACCGUUAUAUUUAUUGCUCACAAAAUUACAAAUGUUAUGAACUUCGACAGAGUGAUCUUCCUCAAUUAAGGAGAAAUUCUAGAAUAAGGAAGCCCAAAAGAGUUGCUUGAUAACUCAUAAUCGCAUUUCUAUAGUUUAUAUCACCAUCUUUGA